CAGUCCCUCCAGCUGAUCUUCGUCGCCCGUCUUCCUCCUCAGCGUUUGCGGUUGCUGUGAGCAGGUUCUUCAUCAUGAAGGUGUGCGUGGCGUUGGUCUGCUGUGCUGCUGCCGUCACUCUGGUCGUCGCUGCAGAUGUCAAGGAGUUAUCAAUCACCACUAUAAAGCAAGAGCCCUACGUCAUGAGCCGCGGCUCGGAGCUGGAGGGCUACUGCAUCGACCUGAUCUCUGACCUCUCCGAGAAGCUGGGCUUCAAGUACAAGGUGCACCUGGUGAAGGACAACCGCUACGGAGCCAUGGACGCCAGCGGCAACUGGAACGGCAUGAUCGGCGAGGUUGUCCGAGGGGAGGCCGACCUGGCCGUGGCGCCGCUGACCCUCACUGCCGUCAGAGAGCAGUUUGUGGACAUGACGGCUCCCUUCAUGCAGACGGGCAUCAGCUUCAUCGUGCACAGCGACCUGGCCUUCGAGGAGAACCCCUUCAGCCUGCUGGCUCCCUUCUCCUCCGACAUGUGGGCCGGACUGCUGCUGGCGUUCCUGCUCACCGGGCUCUGCCUGUUCCUGCUGGGCAGGGUCAGUCCUGUCGAGUGGGCGGAGCCACAAACCGACCAGCCCAGCUUCACUUUACUGCACAGCUUCUGGUACAUCACAGGAGCCCUGACCCUGCAAGGUGCUGGUCCUCACCCUAAAGCCUUGUCUGGACGUGUGGUCGGCGCCAUCUGGUGGCUGUUCACUGUGCUGCUGCUCGCCUCCUACUUUGGGAACUUCCACCUGAUGCUGCACUCAAACAACGGGCACAGCCACAUCAGGAGCUUCGAGGACCUGGCCAACCAGGACGUGAUCGAUUACGGCACCGUGGAGGGAGGAUCCACCAUGUCCUUCUUCAAGAAUUCCAACAACGCGGUGUACCGGCGGAUGUACCAGCACAUGGAGCGUAAGAAGAGCUUCGUGUCGAGCAUGGAGGAGGGCGUCCGCCGCACGCAGGAGGGCAACUUCGCCUUCAUCGGAGAAGCCGUGUCUCUGGACCUGGCCGUGGCCCGGCACUGCAAACUGAGCCGCUCGCAGGACGUCAUCUCCAUGAGGGCCUACGCCAUCGCUGCCCCGCUGGGCUCGCCCCUGGUGAAGAACCUGACCAUCGCCGUGCUGCAGCUCAGCGAGUCGGGCGAGCUGACCUACCUGCGGGACAAGUGGUGGGCCAGCAGCUGCGAGGACGGCGGCGGCCAGCCGGACUCCGGAGCGCUGCAGGCCCACCAGCUCCGAGGCCUCUUCCUCCUGCUGGGCCUGGGCCUGCUGCUCGGCCUCCUGCUGGGCCUGCUGGAGCUCUUAUCCAGGGCCCGGAGCCAGGCCAAGGACAGCAAGAGGUCGUGCUGCUCCGUGUUGACGUCGGAGUUGAACCAGCGGUUUGGUAGCAAGAGUCCGAGCGCAGAGCAGGACGCCUCCGACAAGAGCAAAGCCUGAUGGGAGCCGCAGCCGGCGGGCCGCCAGACGGCUUCGUCUGUAGCGCUGCCCUGAGUCUUCCAGUGAGCAGGUGGAGCAGCAGCUGUAGGACCUCUCGUAUUAACAGUUGUGUCCAGUUCCUCCCCGACUAACGCCCUCAGUGUUCUUCCACCGCAGCUUUGCUCAGUUUGCUGCUGCAUUCCAAAUAAAUCACAU